CCCGCCGACAGAGGGCGCUGUGGCGACCGAAGCUGGCCGAUAAUCAGCAGCUUUACCUCACUGCCCUUCCAGCAGCAUCUCACCUUCAACCGGCCAGACGCACAUCCACCACCGCACCCCAAAAGGAAAAGAAAGAAAACCGCAUGAGAGGAGAGACUACGACAAAUAAAUCAACAAAGAGGAACUGAGCAUCAUCGGAGUCGGUUGUUUUAAUGAUGUAGGGGAUCGUUUUGCGUUUUGACAUCUAAUUUAGCCCGCCUCACUGCGACAAGAAAACAUCACCCAGCUGCGCAUAAAUAAAUUGCAGCCUUUUUCACCUUGUCAGGAUAAAGCAUCCGUCCAACCUCUCCACCAUCCUCUCCACAAAGAAGGACGAAGUCACUGCGCACCACUCGUCGUUUAUUUUGACGGUCAGAUCAGGCCCCGAUCAGCGACCGGUCGCCUCCGUCCUCAGCAGCAUCUUUCCUCUCGGCAGAAAGCAGCAUCCUUCCUCCUCCUUGAAUCUGCGCAAUGGCCGAUGUCCCAGCGGAGUGCAACAUAAAAGUGCUGUGUCGCUUUCGCCCUCUGAACCAGUCUGAGAUCGUCCGCGGGGACCAGUUUCUCCCCAAAUUCCAAGGAGAUGACUCUGUCGUCGUCGGGGGGAGGUCCUACUCAUUUGAUCGAGUGUUUCCAACCAACACCACCCAGGAGCAGGUGUACAACACCUGCGCCAAGCAGAUUGUUAAAGAUGUUCUGUCUGGAUACAAUGGCACUAUCUUCGCAUAUGGACAAACCUCCUCCGGGAAGACUCACACCAUGGAGGGCAAGUUGCAUGAUCCUCACCAGAUGGGUAUCAUUCCUCGCAUCGCUGAGGACAUUUUCAACCACAUCUUUGCCAUGGAUGAAAACCUUGAAUUCCACAUCAAGGUUUCAUACUUUGAAAUCUACAUGGACAAAAUCCGUGACCUUCUGGAUGUGACAAAGACCAACUUGUCUGUCCACGAAGAUAAGAAUAGGGUGCCAUUUGUCAAGGGAUGCACUGAGCGUUUUGUCUCCAGCCCAGAUGAGGUUAUGGAUGUGAUCGAUGAGGGCAAAUCUAACCGCCAUGUUGCUGUGACCAACAUGAACGAGCACAGUUCUCGCAGCCACAGCAUCUUCCUGAUCAACAUCAAGCAGGAGCAUGUGGAGACUGAGCAGAAACUGUGUGGAAAACUCUAUCUGGUGGAUCUGGCUGGCAGCGAAAAAGUCAGUAAGACUGGAGCUGCAGGAGCUGUCCUAGAUGAGGCAAAAAACAUCAACAAGUCUCUUUCUGCUCUGGGAAAUGUCAUCUCUGCACUGGCUGAGGGCACGAAAACUCAUGUGCCGUACCGUGACAGCAAAAUGACCCGCAUCCUGCAGGACUCCCUCGGUGGAAACUGUCGCACCACCAUGUUUAUCUGCUGCUCUCCCUCCAGCUACAACGAUGCCGAGACCAAGUCGACUCUGAUGUUUGGACAACGUGCUAAGACCAUCAGGAACUCUGCAUCCAUCAACCUGGAGCUGACGGCAGAGCAGUGGAAGAGGAAGUUUGAGAAGGAGAAGGAGAAGAACAAGACUCUGAAGGAGACCAUCCAGAAGCUGGAGACUGAGCUCAACCGCUGGAGAAAUGGAGAGAACGUGCCUGAGACCGAGCGCACCACGUCUGAAGUGGUGACCCGUAUCGAGUCCGUGGAGGAGCGCCCCAUUUUGGACAAUGACACCUCCUCCAUUGUGGUCCGCAUUUCCGAGGAGGAGCGGCAGAAGUACGAGGAGGAGAUCCGCAAGCUGUACAAGCAGCUGGAUGACAAGGAUGAUGAGAUCAACCUGCAGUGCCAGUUGGUGGAGAAACUGAAGCAGCAGAUGCUGGACCAGGAUGAGCUCCUGGCCUCAUCCAAGGGCGAUGGGGACAAGGUCCAGGCUGAACUCGGCAGGCUGCAGGUGGAGAGCGACUGCGCCAAGGCUGAGGUGAAGGAGGUGCUGCAGGCUCUGGAGGAGCUGGCCAUUAACUAUGACCAGAAAAGCCAGGAGGUGGAGGAGAAAGGCCUGCAGAACCAGCUGCUGGCUGACCAGCUGUCCCAGAAAAUGGCCAGCCUGAUGGAGCUGGAGGCAGAGCUGUCUCGCAUGCAGGAAGUGAGUGGUCAGCAGAGGAAACGCAUCGCUGACGUUCUCAAUGGUCUGAUGAGGGACCUCAGCGAGUUUAGCACCAUUGUGGGCAACGGAGAGAUCAAGCUGCCAGUGGAGAUUAGUGGUGCGAUCGAGGAGGAGUUCACGGUGGCUCGACUCUACAUCAGCAAGAUCAAGUCUGAGGUGAAGAGCAUGGUGAAGCGCUGCCGCCAGCUGGAGAACAUGCAGCUGGAGUGCCACCGCAAGAUGGAGGAGACCGGAAGGGAGCUCUCCUCCUGCCAGCUCCUCAUCUCUCAGCAUGAAGCUAAGAUCCGCUCUCUGACGGAGUACAUGCAGAGCGUGGAGCAGAAGAAGAGGCUGCUGGAGGAGAGCCACGACUCGCUCAGCGAAGAGCUGGCCAAGCUGCAAGACCAGGAUAACUCUCUGCUCGAGGAGAAGGAGGGAGAGAAGGGUGAGACUGAGGAUGGAAAUGUCAAGAAGACCAAUCGUCAGCAGGGGGAGUCUCACCGUGGCCUCCAUCACAAGCAGCUGGCCCGUCUGCGGGAUGAGAUCAAUGAGAAGCAGAGGAUCAUUGAUGAGCUCACUGAUCGUAACUCCAAGCUGGAGCUUGAGCUGGCUCAGGUUCGCGCUGACUUUGAACGCCUGAAGAGUCAGGACAGCACCAAGAGCGAGCGCCUGGAGGAGCUCUCAUUCCUGCAUGAGCGCCAUGAGCAGACUAAACAGGACUUGAAGGGUCUGGAGGAGACUGUCGCCCGCGAACUCCAGACCCUCCACAACCUGCGCAAGCUGUUCGUUCAAGACCUCACGUCGCGGGUUAAAAAAAGUUCCGAAAUGGAACCUGAUGAUAGCGGGGGGUCUUGCACCCAGAAGCAGAAGAUUUCCUUUCUUGAGAAUAACCUGGACCAACUUACAAAGGUUCACAAACAGCUGGUUCGUGACAAUGCAGAUCUGCGUUGUGAGCUUCCAAAGUUGGAGAAACGUCUUCGGUCUACUGCUGAGAGAGUUAAGGCCCUGGAGACUGCACUGAGGGAUGCCAAGCAGGGCGCUAUGAUGGACCGCCGCCGCUACCAGCAGGAAGUCGACCGUAUCAAGGAUGCCAUGAGGUCAAAGAACGUCCUGAGGCGCCCACAUGCAGCACAGAUUGCCAAGCCAGUGAGACCAAAGCAGAUGACUGUCUGCUCUCCCACCAACCCUUUCUACACUUACAUCCGUGCCACUGAACAGGCCAACACCUACAGCAAUGCCCUCUUCCAGAACAACGUGACACAGCCGAGCUCCGCCAGCGUCAACUGCAACCCCAACUCUGUCCAGAGCAACACAGUUUCCACAGCGCUGGGCUACAGAGCAGACAGAUAUAAUGGAGACAUAUUGGAGUCCUACCCACUCAACAUUGACAACGGUAACAGCAUCAGUGAAACGAGAGACAUCAAUGAUAACAGGAGUGAUGUUCACUGUGGCAGCGAGGUGGAUGAUUCAAACAGGCACUACAUCAUUCAGCAGGAGACCGCUGCAAGUUAAUGCCAUGAAGAUGACCAAACACUGUACCCAUCCAAGGACUCUCCUCUCCCAUCUGCAUGCAGCCUGUCUCCCCAUCCCUCCACUGCAUCACCAAUGAAGAUGAUGAUGAAGAUCUGUAGCCCCUGUAGUCCUCUAACUAGAUGAAGCCCCUCCUGCUCCUGUGGUGACCACUCUCACCCUCAGGUUUGCGGUCCAGUGUCUCUUCCAGUUCAGUCAGUGCAGGAAGUAAAUUAAAUCAGAAUUACUUGUUUUGUUUUGUUUUGUUUUUAAAUACUUAUCAACUCAUCGAUCCCUCAGCCAAUCAAUUUGUUGCUAAUUACUUCCUGAGGUGGAUGAACUGAAACUGGACUCCAUCCCUGAUUACUUAGUACACACAUGUUGUAAAUAAUAGUGCUGUAUACUCCAGUAGAGGUUUUUGACCAGCAACUGUUUGUGUGAAUGCACAGCCUCCACCGUCCCCCGCACACAUCUUCUUAAGGGCAUCAUAUGGAUGACAUACUGUAGGCAGACAUGACCUUUUUCUCCGUCGUAAAUAAGAGUGUAGUGUGCAACGCCAGCUUGUAACAGAAGACCCACACUCUGCAUGCAUGUUGCUUAGCGGGUUAGCUUUCAAAUCUUUGCAUGCGUCCUGAUUCCAUUCAGGAGCUGGUAUGCUGCGAGUGAAGAGUCUGAUCGACUUCAACAGAUGUCACACACACACACACACACACACACACACACACACACACAGAACUGGUUUCCCUUAAUCCUGAUCCUGGUCUCAGUGAUUUUAGAAAAUAGAGGAUGGAACAUGCGUCAGGGAAACGCAGCCCAGACUUGAGAUCUGUAUUAAGGAAACAUUUUGUAAUUGCUUUGAUACUGUGAUGUUGCAGCUGUCUGAUGCCAUUGUACAUUUCAGGUAAUGCUGUCCACAUUCAUUUAUUGUGGCUCCCUCCCUGCAUUGCACCCACACCGUGUGAGUCUUUAUACCGAGCCUUAACAAGAGCUGAUUUCUCAUGAUCAAACUAACACGCCAUAACGUGCAUACAUUUGUAAUUACUACCUCUAGAGCAACUCAUUAUACCCUUAUUACAGUAUAUUAAGAUAUCAUCCUUUUAAACGCUGAAUAAGAGCUGCUCUUAGAGGUUCUAGAUAAAGUUGCAACUAGAGUAGAGUAGAUUUAAAAUGCUCUCAUCAGAGCGGUAGUUGCGUUCUCCUGAAGUUCAUUCAUACACACAUUCCUUCUCCAUCAUAUAGCAGGAUCAGAGCUGGGCUGAAAAAAGGACUUUGGGUUCACCACAUCAGGGAAGGUCAGAUAAAUUCAUUAUCAGAAGAGAAAUAUAGUACAUUGACUUUUUGUGCUUGGUGUGUUUUGCUAUUUGGUACUCAAGAGGCUGAACUUAUGCCUGCAUCUUUCUCCUAAUGUACAGUUACACUUGGCAUACUUCACCUGUGUUUUGUCUAAAUUUUGAUUUAAAAAUAGAAGUGAAGGGACAUCUCAAAUCCCCUUUAAGAUGAUAUUGAAGUUAUUCAGUGAUUCAGUGCUUUUUAAUCAGAACCACCAAACGUCCAGUGGUUAGGGUUAGAGUCCCCAGCUGAGCAGCCACCAGUCUGGGAUGACAGAAGCUUGUUGUUUGUAGCUUGAUGCUGGGUCAUGCUGUUAUUCUUCUGUAUGAAAUCCUGACCAGCCAAUCAGGAUAGAAGUAAGCAGCACGUCUUAGGCAUGUCACAAAGAGAUGGAUGUGUUUGGACUGAGCUGAGUCACUGAAUUAAAAGACAGAUUAGAUCAGAAGUGAGUCAUUCUUAAAGGAAACCUGCACAAGUGUGCAUUUAAAUUUUUAUUUCCAUUUGUAGCUUUUACAUUUUUUACACUUUGAUCAGACAUGUUUGAUCACAAGUUGACUUUUAUAUUGAAAAAUAUUUCUCUGUGUUAAAUUUAGUGUAUUAUAUUACAUGACUGGACUUAUUCUCUGUGUAAUUUUGCCCAAUACGACCUUGGUAUGUAAAGUGAAUGACCCUCCCCAGUCGUCUGAUCCAUAACAGCCUCAUUCAUGACAUCACCGCUCUGUCUCAUGCUCUUACCGGCAUUAACAACAUCUCAGGGCUUCACAUUCACGAUCACAGCUACCGUCUUCCUCAUAGACUUAAAACCAUGUGACUGCUGAUGAACAAUCAGGUCAGUGUGUGUUCUUUAAGGCUUAGCACAUGUAUGGGAUGGUAAAUCUAAUAUUAAACAAAUAACAUAAUUUUAUACAUCGUAUAUGACAUCUCCAUUCUUGCACAUAACAUCUAAAAUUAAAAAAAUCCCUCAACUGCACCUGGUCAGACCCUACUGCACGUGUCCAAGCAGACCCUCUAUUUGACAUCAUGUUUUAAGUAUAAUCAAUAAAUUUGAAGAAGGGGUGGGGUGUGUACUAUAUUGUCACCUGCUGUUCCACUGUCUAAUUUCAGCAUAUCUAAAAUACAUGUGCUAUAUAUUGUUAAUCUUGUAAGUAAAAUAGCGUGCCAUGACAUAUAGUAAAAUCCAAAAGAAAGGUACACGCUAACUUUGUUCAGAGAAAUGUUUGUUUUAUUUAUUUCUGUAUGCCUAUACUGUAGCGUCAACAUGAUUAUGUGAAGCAUCACCGUGCAAAAUUUCUGUAUAUAUAGACUCAUCACUAUGCUGUAUUGUAUGUGAUCCAUUGUGUUGUAGUAAAAAGUUCAAUAAACUUGUAGAAAGGA